UACCCUCAGUUGACGGUGUUUGUUCGGAAAAUGCAGUUGAAUUCGCAGCGGAUCGGUUGAACGUCUCCCCAAUUGACUUGUUAAUAUUUGUAUUUAAUUACAAUAUUGCUGUGUUGUUGUUGCUGUUUUUGCUACCAACGUAUAUGGUGUUAUGUGCUGGCAUUACGGGCAACCGCGCAACCGCUCGCCCGUACGAAUUUUGGACUUGAAUUUGCAGAUCACAGUCGCUGUGCUUAUCGGUUGAUGUUUCGUGCUGCGAGCAUCAGCUGUUUGUACGUUUGCUAUUCACUCUUAGCUUUUCGGCUUUUCGCUUUUCGCAAACGCCGGCAACUUUGCUGUUCACGCGUUGUCAUAACUCUGUGGUGCGGAGGCGCAAAAGUCAGUGAAGUACUAUAUUGCAGCGGUAACUAUCGUAAAUUCAAGUAACAUGUGAUUGUGUAGUGAACAAAAAAAUAAAAAAAAAAACAAAAAAAUUAAAACAAGAGCGGAACGCAUAGCUUUCACACCCUUUCGCUUUGGAGCGUUGAAUUACAUACAUUGUUGUUGGUGUGUGUACUUAAAAAGUUGAAUGGCAAAUGCAGAUAUAAGUACAUUUAAAUAUAUGCAAUAAAAUGCAAUGCAAAUAUAUGUAUGUGUGUGUGUCUUAUUUAUUCAUUGUUGUGCUCGGUUAGAACUUUAGUUCGUUCCAGUUGCAGUGUUUAACUAAACCGUAUAUAAAGUGUGCAAUAAAUCAAUCUAUAGUUUUGAUUUUGUUUUCGCACAAGAGGAAAAUUGCGAAAUUAAACUACAACAACAAGACGAGUGCAUUGGUUAUAUUCAGCUGUUUUAUAGGCAACUACACGAUACAGUGUCAACAAAAUGAGACGUAAAAAAGUUGAGUUCCGUAUUAAGCCUACGGCCAGCCGAGGUGUGAACAGCUAUCAUCCGCUCGAUGAGGAGUUACUUUCCCCACCAAUCGACGAUUUGGCUGCACGUUUCGAAGAGUACGGCACAACGCCGCCGCGCACAAGAAUGAAGAUUAAAAGCCGAGAUUGGGAGCGUAAGAAAGCACAUGCUGUCGCCUCAGUUGGAUCUUCAAUUGAUCCGGCGCCGAGCACGCCUAAAAAGGGCAUGACGCGUAUGGCGCGUUCACGCGUACUGCGACGCAACACAAUGGACUGUGCGUUGCUGAAUGAAAUGUUUGUUAAUGACGAGAACAAACGCACGAGCAAGCGUGCACAGGAUUUGUUGCGCGAUGCCGAACGGGAACUGAAGAACUCGAUGAUUUCCUCAACAUCCACCAGCUACGCCGCACGUGGUUCCAGUUUACUCGACAGCUCCUACCAUCUGGAAUCGUUGGAUAAGUGUACGCCCUUGAGUACAGAAGUGCCGCUGCGUGGCUCUUCGAAGGUUGUGGAAUCGUGCAAUAGAUACAUGUGUGUAUCCUCGCGUCCAAUCGGUUGUCGUGCGUCGGCGCCAGCAUCCGCAUUUGUGCAACAGCUGCGCUCGGAACGCACGCCUGGCUUGAAUAUACGCAAGGAAUUUCAUGAGACUUUCGCCAAUCUCAUUAAGUUGGGCAGUGUCGAUCGGCAGGAUGCAAAGCUUUCGCACGAAGAACACACUUGGCAGGCGGAACUGAAAGAUCUCAUUUGGCUGGAAUUGCAAGCGUGGCAGGCUGACCGCACCAUGGAGCAGCAAGACAAAUAUUUAUUUACUGCGCGGCAGGCAGUGCCUGAAUUGCUUUCACAAAUCAUAAACUACAAAUUCCAGCCCCGUUUUCAACGUGCCACGAGCGAAAUGAGCGUGGACAGCGGCUUUAGCACCGAUAGCAAUGCCAGUUCACCACAGCCUGGCAAACUAUGCACUGGCUGCAUGUCUUUGUAUUGUAAGGAUUGCAUGGAUCAACAGGAAAUCGCCAUGAAGGAGGUGGAGGACCUCUUGACACGCUUGGAAGCCGCAGAGGCGCUUUAUCCCUCGUCACAAGUGAUGGGCGCAUUUCAUCCGAUUUACAAAAAUGAAAACUUUGUGGGCCGCAUCAAAGCGAUGUGCUUGUGGUAUAAUAUAACGCGUCAGAAUCGUUUAAAACUCUGCAUCUUUGGCAAAAUAUUGGCAAGAUUGCAGGGUGAGAAAUUCUCUUGGCCUGUGCAAACCUGCUAUGGUGGCAGUGACAGUGGUGCUUCAUCUGGUUUGGAGAACGACGAUUCCGGUGUGAAUUCGGUUGAUUCCACCAAGACCAGUUCUAGUCAAGCAACACCACAACGUAAGCUCUCAUCAAUUUUUUGCGCGCCUAAAGUACAGUUCAUGUUGAACGAUGUGGCGCAAGUGCCGGGCGAGACUUCCAGCAGCAACGAAUCUACCUCAACCGAAGUUAGUCAUAUGUCAUCGGAGUUGUCUGGACCGCUUUUGCGUAAAAGCUCAAUGCACGACAUUAAUAUAUUCAGUGUGGAACCGUUAAGCAGUUGUAAUGAUGCUAAUUCUUCGGCGCUAUAUAGAAAGUUUAUAGAAAACGUUUUAAAGUCGCGUGGUCUCGCCAAGGCCUUGUCGUUUUUAAAUAAACUGCACAAUGUUGUACUGUAUAAGGCGCAUAUUUCGUUGGAGAAGCCCGGCACGGAAGAUUACGACUUCGAGACGGAGCGCAUCGACGAGGAUGUGCCACGUUUGGAACCGGAAAUUAGUCGCGAGCAAAUUGACGAGUUACGACGCUUCGGUUACUGGAGUGACGAGGCGAAAUCCAUAAACUUGCCGACAUACAUUCCCUCGUUUGUGUUUCUCAGCGGCAUACCGUUACAAUUUAUGCACGAGUUUUUGCGAAUGCGUCUGGAAACACGCCCGCCAAAACCGAAUCCACUGAGUUUAGAGCAACUCAUGAAGGAAUUACGCGAAGGCCUGACAUUGGCAUUAACGCAUCGGGAACGUUAUCAGCGCCACAUAACGACCGCUUUGGUUGAGAACGAAGAAGAAUUGGAGCGUUACAUGGGCAUACUGAAUCAUUUCGACAAAACCGUACGAAAAGUAUUCGAGCUUUAUUUAGACUAUAUCGAUCAGCUAGUGUUGCAGUCUGCGCCGGAGGGUAAUAAGAAGUCUGCUUUGGAGAAGGAAUGGAUGUUUACCAAACUGAUUAGUCCCAUGAUAAAUGGCAUGCACACAAUUGCGGCAAAAAAAUUUUGCACCAUCAUACGCAAUUUAUUGCGUAGUAUAUCCGAACGUUUAGUCAGUCGUGCGGCCGAACUGGAUAUACAAAUCGAUGAUACGGCACAGCACGGCGAAAGCGAUUUGAAGUGGCAGCUGCUAACGAUCUGUCGGGAGACGCAAUCACUGUUCACUGUGGAACGUGAGUGUUCGGUGAAGGUGCUGUUCUUUGCGAAAAUGUUCUGUCGCGAUGUCGAGACAACUGACUUUCAUCGUGAACAUUAUGAGGAUGAUGUGAUUAAUCAACAGCAAGAUUUUGUUUGUGCCGAGAUUAAGAAAUCAUUCAAACUGCUACAAAAGGAUGUGCUCGAUGUGCGCAACAAGUUGUCGAAGAUAAUCGAGCGUGUAAUGGAGCGUUGUGGGCCGGAACAAAUGUCCGAAUUGGAUGAUCCGGACAGGCAGGCGGUACUUUCACGUACACGUGAGAUUUUACACCAAGGCUAUAAAUUUGGUUUCGAGUACAAUAAAGACGUAAUUCGUUUGUUCGAACAGCGUAUAAUGGCCAAUAAGGAUGAAUCUUGCGAGGUCGAUUUGGCGCUGGGUAUUAUCGAUUUUGCCAAAAUGUGGAUGCAUUUCGUGAUGGAACGUUGCGAACGUGGACGUGGCAUGCGACCUCGUUGGGCAUCACAGGGUUUAGAGUUUCUUAUACUCGCCUGUGAUCCGCAAAUAACCCGUCAUCUAGACGAACGACAGUUUGAGGACUUGAAAAAACAGAUGGAUCGUUGUAUAUCACAUGUAAUCGGUAUUACUUCCGAACCAGAGAAGAUAGCGCGUAAAAAGGCAUCGCCGCGUACGCGUAAAACCUCAUCACCGGCCACAAGUCGGUCGCGUACACCCACACGAACUCCAAUAUCCGUAGGCGGCGGCACAAAUCCGAACACACCAUUGAGUUCGCCGCAGUACAAUAAGUUCUUACAUCCGCAGUUUAGUUUGAAAGAGGAAGUUUUGCGCAAUGCCGCCGAUGGCUCACCAGAAUACAGCGUAAACGAGCCGUCCGACGUGCCCGACAAUAAUGGCAGCGCUACGGAAAAACUUGGCGAAUUACGCUUAAUUGUACCACAAUCUUCUCCUUUAACCAAAUCGACGCAUAACGGUAGUAGCUCUUCGUUGGCGCCACGCCAGGUGCGUGUGCGAGACGCUGUGAAUCGCUUGGAUAUGGAAAUUGAAGAGAAUCUGCGUGAACGCAAUCUAAUUGGCCACAUCAAAGCCUUGAACACAUGCGAUAAGGUGCAGAUACGUGCACGUAGCGUAAAUUUUCACUGGCAUCGUGGUAUUAAAAUUGGUCAAGGUCGUUUUGGUAAAGUUUAUACAGCUGUCAACAAUAAUACCGGUGAACUAAUGGCUAUGAAAGAAAUUGCAAUACAGCCCGGAGAGACUCGUGCACUCAAAAACGUCGCUGAGGAGUUAAAAAUCCUCGAGGGUAUCAAACACAAGAAUUUGGUGCGCUACUAUGGUAUCGAAGUGCAUAGGGAAGAACUUUUAAUUUUUAUGGAGCUCUGUUCUGAGGGAACCUUAGAAGCAUUGGUGGAGUUAUCAGGCGGUCUGCCAGAAGGUCUAGUUCGUCGCUUUACUGUUCAACUACUUUCGGGGGUGGCCGAGUUACAUCGACACGGUAUCGUGCAUCGUGAUAUAAAGACUGCAAAUAUAUUUUUGGUGGACGGUAGUAAUAGCCUGAAACUGGGUGAUUUUGGCUCAGCAGUUAAAAUACAGGCGCAUACGACUGUGCCUGGCGAACUGCAAGGCUAUGUGGGAACACAAGCUUAUAUGGCGCCAGAGAUAUUCACCAAAACGAAUAGUGACGGACAUGGACGUGCGGCGGACAUUUGGUCUGUAGGCUGUGUGGUAGUUGAAAUGGCAUCGGGACAACGUCCUUGGGCACAAUUUGACUCGAAUUUCCAAAUUAUGUUCAAAGUUGGUAUGGGUGAAAAGCCGGAAGCGCCUGAAAGUCUCUCACAAGAAGGACAUGAUUUUGUGGACAAAUGUCUACAACACGAUCCCAAAGAUCGAUUGACCGCAAUGGAAUUGCUCGAACAGAACUUCUGCAAGUAUGGGCAUGGAGAUGAAUUGAAUUGCGACCAAACGCAAGAGGAGGUGCGACGUUCAUUUCGGCGUAAUGUUAAAUUGAGAUGAGUGCGUGCUGUGGCUGUCAUUACAAAAUAAUAUGUACAGCAGGGAAUAUAGCACAGUAGUAGACAUGCCUGUGUUUUAACAUUAUAUGUUAUGUAUAGCAUGUAAAGUAUGGCAUGAGCAUAUACUAAACAGUAUAAAAUUAUAAAAUGAACUUAACAAUUAUACAACUGCAUAUAUAUUGUACUUUAUAUAUAUAUAUAUACAUAUAUAUAUUUAUGUAUUUAUUUUAGAUUUUAGCUAAGAAAAUGAUGUCAAUAUCAUAGAAAGCGUUUAGAGUCAUAGGCAUUAAAUGAAAUUAUAUUAAGUGUGUAUAUUUCGUUAUUUAUGUGACAAAGUGCACCAUGUGUCUUUUAUGCAAAUAUAGUACUUGUUAAUGCUAAGGCUAAAGCAAAGUGUAUUAAUUAUAGAUGCAACGUAUUAUUUUUAAGUGAGCGUGGUAUCGCCUCCAAAUAUGUUUUUUGUAUAUAUCGCGCAAACCGCUAAAGCUACUAUAUAAACCAAACUUUCAGCAGUCGUUUCCCUUAAGUAUCCUAUUACACACCAUGAAAAUAGUUGAAAUCGUAUAAUAACCACACCCACCUCCCAUACAAAGAUUAUGUUGAAAAUUACUAAAAGCGCGUUAACUCACUAACGAAAAAUGUCAUUAACUAAACGACUAAAUUUUACAGAAGAAAUGGUACAGAACAGCUGCACUUAGCUUGACAAUAUGGAGUGGAAAUUGAUCGUGGCGUCGCCCAGUUUAGUGUCAAAAACUAUAUCUCUGGAACUACUUGACCAAUUUCAAUGAAAUUUAGUACAUCAUAUUUUAUUCACAUCCUUAUAUUACCGAUGGAAAAUGAGCGAAAUCCGUUCACAACCAUGCCUACUUCUUAUAUAAUACAAUUUUUAUUUCCACCUGAUUCGUUCACUUUAUAAUAUAUAAAUCAAGAACCAAUGAAGAUAGCGGAAUAAAACUUUACACAAAUACCGUAUUUGAGGUGUGGCAUUACUUAUGGAAAAAUUGGCGAAAUCGGACUAUAACUUUUCAAGACCCGUAUAUCGAACAGGAUGUACUCAGUGCCUAAGGAUAAUUUCUCAUCGAAUAUAUCGGUAAAUUUAUCAGAUAUUUUAACCUAAUACAGAGGGAGUCUUUUUCUACUAGUAGUGUGUCUGUGUACCAAAAAUUGUUAAAACCGGGACAUGACUUCCCCUAACUCCCAUAUACCUAAUAUUAGAGUUUUUAAACAUCCCGUGGACUUUAUAUCGCAUAUAUCGGUUAAUUUAGUAAGCGUAUAGCGUAUGAAUAUAGUAUACCUAGGUGAUGAAAAUUAGUGAAAUCGGUUUAGAAAUUACCUCAGUCCUCAUAUACUAUACAUAUAUGAUGAUUUUCGUUACUCUAGUGCCGUAUAUAUGGUUUAAAUAGUGUGUUAGUAGUAAUAAAAUUACAUCAUUAAAUUUCAAGAGUAUAAAAUGUUCGGUUACACCCGACUUGUUUUUUAAUGGAUUUCAUGGCUAAUGGUUGAUGAUUCGGAUGUUGUUAUCUUUUGUAAGUUCUCGAAUCACUAGAAAUCUUAUAGAAUGCAAAUGCAUUUCGAAUCUCCGAGUUCUGUGAGUUCACGAGUUUGUCAAGAUCGCCACAUCAUUUUAUAAAACCUAAGCUGAUAUUAUGUAUAUAUUACCAGCACGCAGCCUACGAUAAGCCUAUAAUUGAAAAAUGUUAGUAUGCUAGUGCAUUUGCGAAUCACAAUACAUAUACAGUAAAGGACUCCACAAUUCUUUAUUUAUUCUAUGGCAUUUCUACAAAAAUGAUUGUACAUCAUUGUAUUUAUUUAUAUUUAAAAAACAGAAACGUUCGGAAGAUUGUGGUGACAAAAUGUCGUGAAGCUCUCGCUGUCUCUUGUUACAUUUAUGUAUGUAUUUAUGAAGCUUUGGGUGUGUUGCCAUACAAUGGCCGAACGGUUGAAGUUGGUGCAGCGGACGGAAUUGGAGAAACACUGGGUGGACCUGCUUCAGGCGGAGCUGCUCCUCCGUAAAUGUUUGGCGGUGUCGGUUGCUCUGAUGGAGCAUUGGGAAUGGUGACAGCUGCGGAAAAGGCGGACGAUGCCAGCAAUAAAAGCGAUAGCAUCACGCUAACGAACAU